AGGAGCUAAAGCUGUGCCACAAAGUAGAGAAUUCCCGUUCCUACUAUCUUAAUAUCUCAAAAUCAAUAUUACGGUCAUAACGAUACAUGAUUGAAUACCAAUGAAGAGAACAGGGACAUUCAUCGUGUUCUCAUUGUGGAAUCAAUUGCCUCUGCCUCUCAUCUUAUUUUUACGAUUCCGUUUAUGCGAAGGUUACUGUUGGUCUUUUGUACAGAGCCGACUAUGAUCGCAGACAAAAUUAUCUUCAAAACCUCUCCAUCCACUUGUGUAUAUGGAGCCAAAAUUCAUUUAUGUGUUUUCAAUUAUGUCGAUUUCUGCCAUUUUUAUCUCGGCACGCAGUGCCGUGGUGUAAUAAUUGUUUUUACACCCCGCUGCCACGUGUUAGGGCAAGUCUUACUAUUUUCUUUUCUCGGGGGGAUACAGCAUAGCGCCGCAUCCAAUUUACGACAUAAAAACGCCAGGCGGCGCCCAUUUUGUCGAAAUAAUUAUAAAAAAGCAGAGACACCUUCGGCCUCGGCUUUCAAGCUUCGGCCGACGGUAUGGAAAAGUUCUGCUUUUUAAUUAUGUCGAUACUUCUGCGCUUCUCUUUGCGUCCAUUUUCCCGGGGUGUGAUAAUUAUUACAGCCUGCAGCUCUGGCCUGCGAAAUAUUUGGCCUUUUUUUGAUGGUCAGCCGAACAGCGAUCGACAUAAUUAUAUCGACAGAAUUGAAUUUUGGCUACAUUCAUUGCGUCCUUUGUUAUUGAUUUUCCCCUGUGAUGUGCCAAGUCGGGCGCGAGUGAUUGCGCCCAGCAUUCUUAUUUCUCUUUUCUCAUCAUCCAGUAGCGAAUAGAUGGCAUAACUUCGAUGUUGUAACUAUAAUGAAAAUGAUGAUUCUGAUGUGAUGCUUUUCAUCUUCGCGAGUGAAAUGAUAUUGACCCUCCGUUACACCUCUUAGUACUUUUAGGUAAGGCUUUUCCGUGCUCCUUGAACUUGA